AUGGUCUACCAGCGCAGACUCACUCGGAGUCCGUGGCCCUUCUGGGGCACAGCAGUGGCCAGCGUGGUGGCUCUGCUGGUGAUGGGAGCCAUCUCAUGGCACAUGUCAGGCUUUCGCCUUGCUGAAAGCAGAUGGUUCAAUGUGCCAAUGAGGUCUUCAAUGACAGAUGCAAAGGACCUCCCUGCAGAGGUGAAUGCCAAUGUCUCUCAGAGAGGACUUCCGGAGCUUCAUCAUCCAAAGCAUCGCCUUCCAUCGAGGACAGCCUUGGCGAUCUCCUAG